AAACUAUUUAGUGUUUUUUGUUUAUUAAAAAAGUGUAAAAUGAACAUUAAAACGAAAUUAAUAUGUUUAAUAGCGAUUUUAAUCGUUAUUUUUGUGCUUUAUACGCAAAAAGAAAUUUAUGUUUCGAAAGUUAAAUAUUUCGAUGCACACGUGGAAGGCAGUGAAAAAAAAGUUAUUCUCUACUACACAAAAUGUUUUAAUGACGAAAACUUUUACUUUGGCUCAGGUGAUAUUUUUAAAGAAUGCCCAGUGCGAAAUUGUUAUGCGACAAGCAAUAAAUUACUCAUGCCGAUCGAAAAAUUCGACGCUUUAAUGUUCCACGGUUACGAAUAUGAUUCUCUAAAGGAAAAACCGAAGAAAAGAUCGCCGCACCAAAGGUACAUUUUUUUCAAUUUGGAAUCUGCGGCCAACACUAAAAACUUGGACAAGUUCGGGAAGUUUUACAAUUGGACGAUGACCUUUAGGAAGGAUUCCGAUUUUAUUCGUCCUUAUGGCAGUGUUGUUAAAAAGGAUACGAGCUAUACGCUACCAUCAGUGGAAUCGAUUAAAAAAAGGAAACACAAAAUAGCCUGGUUUGUAUCACAUUGCAAAACGAAGGGUUUUAGGGAAAAAUUGGUUAAGGAAAUGCAAAAAUAUGUAGACAUAGAUAUUUAUGGGAGGUGUGGUAAUAAAACUUGCUCUAGGGAUUCUAAUAAAUGUUAUGAUUAUCUCGAAAAAAACUACAAAUUUUACCUUUCAUUCGAAAACACCGUGUGCAACGAUUAUGUAACAGAAAAACUCUUCAAUGUACUUGACAAAAACGUGAUACCCAUAGUUUACGGUGGUGCGAAUUAUAGUGCUAUAGCUCCCCCACAUUCAGUGAUAGACGUUAGCAAAUUUCAAACAGUUCCCGAUUUAGUAAACUACAUUAAUAAAAUAGAUAGUAAUAUUAGUGCCUAUAUGAACUUUUUUAACUGGAAAAAACACUAUGUAACUCACAGGAGUAUUAAAAACACUUUGUGUAAUUUAUGUAAAAAAUUAAACGAAAAAUCUGAAAAGGUUUAUAGUGAUAUUCAAAUGUGGUGGAACGGUGUUAAUAUGUCGCAAUGUUCAACGUUUCCGCAAAUAAUAAAGUCUAUUAUUUAA